AUUCCUUGGCAUACAACGCUACCGAAAUGCAGACAGAACCGUCACUGGAGAAUUGGCCUCGGAAUGUCGAGCAAAAUCCUAGAGCUGUACGCUCAUGAUCCACAGAUCUCGGGCGCAGUACGGAGCAAUGGAGUAUCCCUCGCGAAAGUCGCUGCUCAUGAGCUCAAGGCCAAAGAAGAAGAUCGCUUCACAAAGAUGGGGAUAUAUCUCUUCUCGGAAGCGGAUGAGAAGAGGAUGGAAUUGCUCAUAGCGACGAUUGCCCACAUCGUUGUAUUCGACGAUUCAUGGGAAAUGCACAGCGGAGAGCAGCUCUGCAUGCUUGCAACCGUGAAACAGACACCCCUUCAAGACAACAUCGACUGGAUGGUGCAAGGCUUGAAAGCCUGUGAUGCGAACGGCGACACCGGGGGCCAAGAAGUCGUCGACCGCUUCAUUGACUUUUGCAACCACGUUCCUCCGCAGAAGGACUUCGAGUCUUUGGGCGAGUAUCUCGCUUAUCGGUAUAUCGAUAUUGGUUUUCCCUACAUGCUGGCCUGCAUGAAAUUUUCCCUCGCCUCUUCGAUCCGUAUCGAUGCUCCUCACUUGACCGCUAUCUACCGGCUAUUCUCCGACCACAUCUCCCUCGUCAAUGACCUGGCGUCCUUCGAAAAGGAAAAGCGUGCCCUCGACGAAGGCAAAAUCGUAAACCUGACGAACGCAGUUGCCCUGAUGAAACGCCUCCUCUCCCUGCCUUCGUACGACGAUGCGAAGAGGUUGACCUUCGCCAUGCAGUUGCAGGUGGAGACGGAGAUGUAUGCGGAGCUCAACAGGCUGGUCGAUGGAGGGCUGGUGACGGCAGAGGAGAAGAGAUUUCUCGAGGCGUGUGUCAUGAUGUGUGCAGGAAAUACGUUCUAUUCGGCGGUGGGGAGACGGUAUGGUGGGGAGAAGGCGAGGAUUCCGGUUUGA